AUGCUACAAGAUUCGGAAAUGGAAUCACACCAAUCUGAAUCAGCUGCCUUUCCGCCACACACCGCGUAUAGAAAGCGACAGAAGGUUUCGGUCGCAUGUGUGCCAUGUCGCCGGAAAAAAAUGAAAUGUGAUGCUGUGCGUCCAAUAUGCGGAGGCUGUAGAAAGAGCCCAGAACGCGCGAGGUGCUGCUACCCCGAGGGCCAAGCAGAGAGCAAACCAGCCCCGAUUAACCACAACCCCGGUGAGGCGACUCUCCGUUCCAGUGACCCACACAGUACGACAAGGGGCCUGCCGGAGUAUCCAGCUUCACAAUCUCUUAAUGAAUUCAGCGGUCAAGGGGUGCUGCCUGCUAGCGUGCCGAACGGGGAUCGAUCCACACCUGCUGCUUCACUUAAUUUGGCAAAGCAAUCCGCUGAGAUGUGCGGGGUUGAUUCGAUGAAUGGGGACAUCGGAGGAGACAAGCGGACGGGGGAAAUCUUCGGAAGUAGCAGUGCAGGAACUUUCAUGAGACAAGUCCAAGCUGCCAUCAACGCUAAGCAAGGCUUGUCACCUCCGCAAACCCAAGCCAUUCCAACAGCAUCAAUCGUUGACCGCUCCAAUCGUGGGUGGAUGUCCCCUCAGGAACAGGCUGCUCUGUUUGUUCUUCCGCCGAGAACUUUGGCUGAUGGUUUGAUGCAUGCGUACUGGGAUUUUGAGUGGCCAUUGUUUCCUGUUGUCGACCGGCGCGAUAUUGACUCUGCCUACCAGAAUUUAUGGUGCACGAAGACCGACUGCCCAGCAAUAUUGAUGAGUAUCAUCAAUAUUUGCCUAGCUCUUGGUUGCCACUAUUGCGAUUCCAUACCGACGAAGGAUCGUGGGCCCAUGGGAAUGGAAUUCUUCAUCCGUGCAGAUCUACUUUACCAAAGGUCGGGACCCGGUCCACAGUUGGAAAAAGUGCAGCUUUUAUUACUCCAUUCCAUAUUUAUCCAGAGCACACCGGAUGCCUUUCGAUGUUGGAUGACGGUUGGCGAGGCGAUUCGUAUGGCCCAGAGUCUCGGACUAUACAGCGAGCAACAUUCUCCUUCCGAGUCUGUCCGUCAUAGAGAGCACAAACGGCGCAUCUGGCAUGGUUGCAUAUGGUUGGAUCGUGUUCUUUCUGCCACACUCGGUCGCCCUGGAAUGAUCCCUCAGUGGCUUUUUGGUUCGACGCCUUUGCCAUCUAUGCUCGACGAUGAAGUUCUGGAUACACAAGGACUUGAAGCUCAAGCCGGAUUACACUCAAAGCCUUCUGUGAUGGCUUUCACUGUGAAGGCGUUCGAACUUUAUCAGAUUUUGGAUAAUGUUUUGCUCGAAAUGUACCUUGCACCGACACAAGAGAGGUUCGACGACAAGUUGAUCCAAAUUCUUACCAUGGACAAGAAGCUGUUAGAUUGGAAAAAGUCCCUUCCCAUCCAUCUCCACACCCAACAAGAAGGAAACCUCGAACCGAUAUUCAAUCGACAAGCGACGGUUUUGAAAAUUCGAUUUCUACACGCUCGCAUAUUACUACUUCGCCCAGCUCUCGUCAUGUACACCAAAAUAGGAUAUUCCGCGGAGCCAGGUACUGUCGACGAGACAAGUGUCUCCAGAAUUAUGCUUUUGGAGUGCUCUCGUCUUUGCUUUCGGCUUGCUCGGGAGAUGAUUGAGUUAUUUAAAGCAAAACUGGCCCCAGAAAGUUUGGCCGGCCCACUACCCUCAUGGUGGUAUUCAGUACUAUAUGUUUACACUGCCGCCACAACGAUUCUUGUCGAGCGCUUCCUCGCAGCUCAAGACCACAAAAUGGAUAAAACCCAAGCGUGCAAAACAUGGAAUACCGCCAUCGAGGUGCUCAAGACCUACAGCGAAGUUUCAGACUCCGCGAUGAAAUGCACCAAAGCCUUGGGAUUUCUCGCGGAAAACAUUUUGCCAAAUGAAAGCAACCAAAGUUAUUCCUCGACGGGGAAGUCAAGAAUGAUGGAAUCGGAGAUGUCAUCUAAUAUUGACGCUUUUUUGGACGAGCAGAGCAAGGUUCUUCCAUUCAGCUUUGAUGAUUUCUUGUGGCUAGGAUGA